GUCAUCCUUCUCAUUGAUUGUGUUCACAGUUAUGUAGUAAUUACGCCUCAUGUAACUUGGAUUUUGACGAAAUUUUAUACAAUACGCUGAACUGUACUGGAUUUACAUUAGCAAGAAGACAACGAUAAAUAUCACUGGAUAAAUAAAACAGUCAGAAUUUUUUAAAAAUAAGUUGCGGAUAACUCUGUCCAACCAUGGGAAAAAUUAUCUUCCCAUCGUUAAGUUUCAUUCUGCCUGUGGUUUUAUUUCUGGUCAAUGAUCUGCACGGCAGAGAAAUUUCUCGACGAAGCAAUUCAAAAAAUGUGACGGACAUCACCGCAUUUCUUCCCGUUGUCAGCAAAGAGCGUCUCCACCAAAUCAGAUUAUUCGACAGGAUGAAGUGCUUCCCUAAAGUUUUGUGCACGCUGACUAAAUCCGGAGCUUUCAAGAAAAUGGGGAUUGUGAGCUUAAAUGACUUAGCAGAUGGUUAUCUUCGCCUCUUAUCCGCUUUUCCUGGUGGGCCACCAUCUCCAGACUUGGUUGAAACCACUGCCAGUUUCAAGAAUGAAUUUGACGACCUUAUGCAUUCAACGUAUAGUAAUGAUGACGUCGAACGUGAAAAGAGCCCCAGCAAGGGUCGAGAUGAUGACGAAAAUGAGAGUGAAGAACUCCUCCUAAGCGAUCCACUCCUGCAUCAUAAAGAAAAAUUGGAAAUGAAGAAAUUGAUGGCCGAUUUGAUGGCGGAAGAUCGAGCAGAGGCGCUAAGGAAGCCGCCAAGUUGGGCGAGCACGGCAAUGUCACUUCCGUUCAAGCUGGGGUCCACCAUCCUUAGAGAUGUAGUGGUGCCUUAUUUUGUCGGCGACGACGGCGCCAGGCGGAGACGCGACAUAAAUAUGGACGCUUAUUUUGAAAUACAAAAUGACGACAGGGUUGGCAAAGCGGUCAAGCUUGGGAAAAACGAGGACCCCAUGACAAGUGCGAUGAAACAAUGGGAUAAAUUAAAGAGUCCGCAACAAUGUGGCAGGGUAUAUAAGGCGUGUCCUUUUGAAGCGUGGGAAGUGGUCAGCAUGAUAAAGUUAAUAAGGAAUAAGCAAUAAGUAUUUCUCUUAUUUAUCGGGGUAUAAAUGUGUACUUAUACGGAGUCAAUUUUAAAUUAUUAAAAUUUUUGUAAUCUUGCAAAUACAUAUAUGACGAUUGAAACUUUGUAUGCAGUUUUAGUGUGAUAACUAUUAAUACUAAUAUUAAAGAAUGAUUCAUUACCGAUUA